AUUGUUCUUUCUUCUCUUUGGUGAAAAUCAUCCUCUUCAUUUCCAUUCUCGCUCGUGCUCUACGUACCCACGAAAGGUAAUUACCAGCAAAAGGCUCCAACGUACUUCAAAGGCAACUCGGCUCGCUAGCUAGCUAGUAAGCCUGAAAAACCUUCAUCUUUUUUCUUAUCUAGGUUCAUUUCAUGUACUCCAUAUAUAUGUAUUUUUUCAAACAUAGUUAUCUAUAUAUUGUGCAGAAUUAUAGUAUGGAAUUAAGCGAUUUUGUGGAAUUUUCUGAAUUGACAGGCAAAGGAAUUUACUACAAGCUAGCUUUGUGGGAAUUUAAUUAAUUAAUUCCAUGGGGUACACAGAGAAGACGCAGAGGACUUUUGAUCUAAAGCUGAAUCUCCAUUGCAAAAAUUGUGCGAAUGACGUGAGGAAGAUUGUGCUUGAAAUUGAAGGGGUGGUUUCAAUAGACAUAGACAAAGAUCUGGAACUCGGGAAGGCAACCAUUUCAGGAAACGUGAACCCACAAACAGUCAUGAAGAAGCUUAAAGAUCGUGCCAACAAACAUGCUAAGCUCUUGGGGAAAGAAGAAGAAGAAUGCCCACCCAAAAUCAACCACCAGGAGAUGCAAAUUGUGUUGCAGCAAAAUCCAGUUCGAAUUGAUCAACAGAAGUUACAGAAGGUGGCCUCACAACCUCCAGGUCUCAUCAGCAAAUCUGUUGGCAAACGGAUAGAAAGAGAUAUUCAUGAUUGCAACCCAAAGCAAGAUCAUGAGCUUGAGCUAAAAAGCUAUAACAAACCAUUCAAAUGUAACAGAUGCAGGGAAGAUGGGUUUACAUCGGGAUAUCGAUGCAAGCACUGUAUCUACGAUCUCCACAAGGGCUGCCUGCACCCUAAACCCAAGAUAACCCAUGACCUUUUCCCAGGAUCCAUCUUCAAAUUUCGCCAAAAACCUGGAAAAAUUUGCGAUGCAUGUGGGAUGGAAAUCCACGGCCAUUCCUAUAGCUGUAAAGAGGACAACUUGGAUUUGCACCCAGCUUGUAGCAAACUGCCAGGGAAAUUGCGCAUUAGCGGCACGGACUUUGUGCUCUGCGAAAAGGUCAAGUAUAAGUGCUUUUGGUGUAAAAAGGAAAAGCCUAGCUGGCUCGCGGAAACCAAAGUCGCGGGUUUGUGUUAUGUUUCACAGCGUAACAAGUUCUCUUGUCAUGUGCAUUGUUUAUCUCUCGUGAUGCAAGAGGCUUGGAAGAGGGGGAGAGGGGACUUGGAUCGUAACGACGAUGAUGAUGACGACAAUGAUGCUAUUUCUAAGGCGCUGGGAAAAGUGGAUUUGAAGCUUGUGGCUACUGCGAAAGGAAGUGGUGGGAAAGGUGGUGGAUUGUUUCUUGGGACGGUAACCAUAUUUCUUAAGACGAUAAUUGGCAUUCUGUUUGGAGAUCCAACUGGUUUGAUUGUGUCUGCUUUGACGGAAUUAGUCAAAGAAUUGUUCUAGAGUCUUUUUAGAAUUUGCUCAAUUAACAAAUGAUGCAUUAGUAGACUUUACCAUUUCAUUUUUUAUUUUUAUUGAAUGGUGGUAUGUACCUCGUGUUGGGAAUAACGUUUAUAACAGAGUUUUACUAAAUACGGAGUAUAUUUAAGGUC